AUGGAUGCAACCAAGGUGCUAGGCCAAGCGGACAUGGCCAAGUUGGAAUCGUCAUACCAGGCCCUUCCAUCUUCAUUGAUCGCAUUACGGUCUCUCCGCGGCCUCAUACGAAGGAAGGUCAUUCUCCCCCAGGGCUGGGAAGGAAUCUCGGCCACACCAUGGCUUUGUCCAGAACGAAGGAUAGUUGUUGGACAGAAGGAGGGAGAAAACCAUCUGGAUCAGGCCACGAUGCAGGGGUCCGUGGAUAUCGCUCAGCCUUGGUUCUGGAGAAGCUACAAGGGGGAGACCACUGGAGCAGGUUGGAAUGAAGGAGAAGGAGUGAAAAGAAAUUAA